AUGAUGUCUGUUAGUACUGUGCGCGGCUCAGCUCCUAUUUGUGCUUUUCCGGGCUGCUCCAAGACAGCCUGGAGAGAUUCAAAUGGUACCUUCUCUGCGUAUUGUAGUAGGACGCACCGCGAAAAAGCGGCAGCACUGUCUAUCGAUCAGACCCUCUGUGAACAUUGUGGUGCUCGCCCCGUCUAUAUUGAGAACGGCCGCCCUUUGGAGUUCUGUGGAAGGCGUUGCGCAACCGCCUAUCGCAACCGAACACCAUCGUCACCCUCGACUGCAAGCACCAUCAACGAGUGCGGGCUCAUUAAUUGUCAUCGUCCCGUAUAUGUCGACCAAGAGGGAACUUCGAGCAAGUACUGCUCCCACCGUCAUCGCCGCCAGGCCGCACAGAAUGGAGAAGCGGAAGAGUGUUUACUGUACGUGUCAGCAAAUACGGCACGUCUACCUAGUCUCACGGCCAGCAACAGCUGUGGGCUCGACCCGAAAAUGAAGGAUGGUGGUAAAUACAUCGACUUCUGCUCAAAGACCUGCAAGGAGGACGUCAUCUCACAUGCCCCGAUCAUCCUACAAUUGAGAGAAACUCAUAAAGCAUAUAAGGAUGUGGACACACAGUUCAAGAAUGCGUGGAAGCAUUCUAUUACAGUACCUACAGUCGUUCAGGUAUGGAGAAUAUAUGGCAGCAAGGCUAUCAAUGAUCGCUUUCUCAAGUAUAGACAAGAUGUGGAACGUCGUACUGGCCUUACAGAAGGGAACAAUAGGCGGAGAUGGCAUGGCACAAUUCGCGCAUGUACUUUGGGCGACAAUGACAACCUUCGUGACCUCUGCACUUCGCAAAGCUGUUCUUUAUGUCAGAUCAUCCGCUCAUCGUUUCAACUGGCACGCGCGGGUCAGCGCACCAACUUUGGGCGAUUUGGCGCGGGGAUCUAUACCUCCGCUACCUCCUCCAAGGCCAAUGACUACGCUGUAAAUUCUGGAGGUUCUCCAUACAAGGCGAUGUUUCUCAACGAGGUUGUCAUGGGCAAAGGGAUCAAGCUUACUAGAGAUAAUGUAUCACUAACGGAGCCUCCUGUUGGAUAUGAUUCCGUCAUUGGCGAGCCCGGCGGCUCUCUAAAUUACGACGAGAGCAUCGUCUACACCAACGAUGCCAUCCGGCCGAUGUUCCUCGUCAUUUAUCGAGGUUGA